AUGGCUCAAAUAAAAGAUGAAAAUCAAUCGAAACAACAACAAAAAGAAAAUGAAACUCUGAACAAAAACAAGCUGAAGAAAGUCGUGUAUACAUUGAAACCAGCUUUGAUGCUGGAGAACUGGUUCGGAUUGUUCAGAUUUUCUAUAGUUAACGAAGAAGAACUAGUACCUCCUAAUGCAAAACUGAAAAUAUUCGGAGUGAUUCUUUCGAUAUUCUUUAUUGUAAUGUUUGCGGUUUUUGUUGACUUUCCCGAUACGGAAACAGAAAGCAUAAUGGAGUUAAUGGACGAGGUACCAUCUAUGGUGGUUCUGUCCCAGUAUUUUAUUGCCUCGAUCACCACGUCAUCUUGCCUUAGCGCGAUAGCUAUUCGCAUUUUUGAAACUUUCGCCGAACUCGAUUCCAUGCUCCUCAUUACAACCACCCAAGACUUUUACAAUAAGUCCCGGUAUCAAACGAAUAAAUAUUUAAUAAUUUUGGGUGUGUCUCACAUAAUCAGCAGUACACUGGAUCUAUUGACAGAUGACGAGAUAGUGUGGUGCAAAUUGUUCGUCCUACCUAUUUAUUUCUUACAGAAACUGGAAGUUCUGACUUUCUGUAAACUAAUAGUCAUGAUUCAAUGUAGACUUCAAAUAAUCAAUAAAUACCUAACAAAUUUCAUUGAAGAACAAGAGAAAAACAAAGCCUUAGUAUUUACUUUAGCAGAAUCGAAUCCAAAGAAAACUGACAAAUUCAACUGGAUCGGGUGUCCUUCCCCGAACAACAUGAAAAUACGUGAUCUGGCCACUAUGUACGAUGUUAUUGGAACUAUAUGCUCAUUAAUCAAUGAUUUAUUUAACAUACAAAUCUUCAUGACUCUAGUUUCUACUUUCACGUAUAUCGUGAUAGCGAUUUGGAGCACUUUAUAUUUUUACAGAGCUCCUAACUUCACCUUUGGAACAUUGACGACGAUUAUAAUUUGGUGUAUUACAAUAAUACUCAGUGUUGUAGUUAUGUCAUUUGUUUGUGAAAGACUUGUGUCUGUCCGUAACAACACUAAAAUUCUUGUGAACAAAGUGAUUAUGAAUUACGACCUACCCAAAACUAUGAGGGUUCAAGCCAAAGCAUUCAUGGAAUUGAUUGAGGCUUGGCCUCUUAAAAUUAUGGUUUAUGACAUGUUCUCGGUCGAUAUAAGCUUGAUGCUCAAGUUUAUCAGUGUCGCUACAACAUAUCUAAUAGUGAUUAUUCAACUCUCUCAUUUUGUCUAA